UGCCUCCACUGUGGUCUUGACAGGUGCUGCCUGGGCUCCGCUGCGCUGUAAUAACUGGGUGACCUUUUCUUGGGCUGUAUUAUGUCUGGCUGGGAAGGAAUUGCAUUUUGCGGCUGAGAGCCAGGGCUUCCUUCAGCUCGGGCUCCUCACAUGCUGCUGGGGUAAGUUGUCUGGAGCCAGGACCAAGAGAGACAUCCCCCUGGACUGCAGUUGCCUAAAAGAAGGACACCUGUGGCUCGCAUGCGGUCCACACUGGUACUUGGCGGAUCCUGGAGGACCUCAUUAUUUUAAACUUAAAAAAAAAAUAGAGAUCCACCCCCCCCUUUUUUUUCAAACAAUGUUUCUUUUUGACCUUUCCCAAGGAGAAGCGCUACCAAGCAGCCUCUGUGCUCACUGAACACCCUCCCCUGUAUCGCUUAAUUGAGAAGGCAUACAAAUGCUCUCAGUUCAGCCAGACACCAAGCCGAAAGGUUGUGCUGGCUGCAACCGCAAAAUCAAGGAUCGGUACCUCCUAAAGGCGCUGGAUAAAUACUGGCAUGAGGACUGCCUGAAGUGUGCCUGCUGCGACUGCCGUCUGGGAGAGGUGGGCUCCACCCUGUACACUAAAGCUAACCUUAUCCUCUGCCGCAGAGACUACCUGAGGCUGUUCGGUGUAACGGGAAACUGUGCUGCCUGUAGCAAGCUCAUCCCUGCCUUUGAGAUGGUGAUGCGUGCCAAGGAUAAUGUGUACCACCUGGACUGCUUUGCCUGUCAGCUUUGCAACCAGAGAUUUUGUGUGGGAGACAAAUUUUUCUUAAAGAAUAACAUGAUCCUCUGCCAGACAGACUAUGAAGAAGGCCUAAUGAAAGAAGGUUAUGCACCCCAGGUCCGCUGAUCCAUCGACAUCACCCCUAACAACACAAAGCACUACAUUCUUUUAUCUUUUUUGCUCACAUGUAUAUAAGAAUUGACCCAGGAACCUACUAAAUAGGGUAGUGGUAGGACAGCAGGAUGGCCAUACGGAAUCAGAGGCGGACUGCAUCUCUAUGUAGUGAAAUUGCCCCAGUUCAAGAGUUGAAUGUUCAUUAUUAAAGAAAGAAAAGUCAUGUAUAUAUUGCUGGGUUUUUUUUGCUUGCUAUUCGUUUUUGUGUCACUUGGCAUGAGAUGUUUAUUUUGGACUAUUGUAUAUAAUGUAUUGUAAUAUCUGAAGCACAAAUGUAAUACAGUUUUAUUGUGUUACCAUUUGUGUUUCGUCUGCUUCUUUGUAUUGUUGCAUUUAGUACAAUCAGUGUGUAAACUUACUGGAUAUUUAUGCUUUCUGUGUCUACCAGCUGUUUUCAAUGAGCUAUACCUUUCUAGUAAGAAUUGAAGAGAAAACCUCACUGAUGACACACAGAUAAAGCAAGACUAUCAACGUUAGAAAUACAACAAUAAAUAAAUAAACACACGCAGAGCAGUUAGUGACAUCCACUUCUUAUGGCUACCACAGUUUGGUGUAUUCAUGUUCUCAUGAUAACCCCCUAUUUUCAGGGGACUAAGGAUCAGCUUUAAAAAAAUGAUAAAGAUUUCAUCUUAAAGCACUUUCAUUUUAUUCCAACGUGCAAAGUGCCAUUUUUAGAAUCACUUUAAUGCUUAGUGAUGUCCUUUUAACAUCCUUUAUUGUGUUCCUUACCUUCACUACAGAUUGAUUCUACUUUUCUUUUUUUAGUCACACACCCCAAUGUGAACUAGUGCCUUUGGGUAGCAUGUAAACGUUUUUCCAAAGGGUUACUAUAAAUGAAAAGACGUUACCACAAUUAUGACAUAAUUUUCCAAAUUUUAAAUUUCUUAUAUGAAUGUUGUCCAGGUUUCUCUCUAGGAGAUGGGCUUAAUGUCUUUAUGGUUAAGAGCUGAUGGCACUGAGCGGACUUGAGUGUGAAUCCAGAGAAAUUAGGAUGAUACCGUUAUGACUAUGAUGGUAUUUGAGUCAGAUAGUGGUCUGCUCACAGCAAUGUCAUUACAGGUACAGAAUCUUAUAGAGGAGAAACAAAGGGUUCACAAAAAGUUGAGAACUGUUUAGUGAUUAUGUAUUUCACCUGCCAUUUACAUGUUCAGGACACUUUGAAUUUGGCAUGUAUCACUUCCUCAGCCCCCAUGUUCUUUAAUCUUCCCACUCAGAUUAUGUAACACGGACUUAAAUCUAACAUUUCUUUUUUUUUUUUUUUUUUUACGGUGAAGUGUUUUCCCUUUAUUUAAAUGAUAGCUGAUGAAGAAGAAUGUUCUAGAAACAGAAAAUGUGGGAAAUGAUUACUUAAAUUGCAAUUAAGGAAAUAAAACCAAGAAUAUGGUUCCUUCCUCUGCUCA